GCGAGCGCCCUCCUCCUCCUCCUCCUCCCCCUGCCUCGCGCUCCCCCCUCCCCUCCGCGGCGUUGCUUGUGCGACCGAAGGGGAGGGAAGAUGGCGGCCGGCGGCGGCGGCAAGGCCUCCUCGUCCUCCUCCUCGUCGUCCUCCUCCUCCUCGUCGUCUUCCACGGCGGCGGCGGCGGCGGCCGGGGCCGCUCCGGCGUCCUCGUCCGGGGCGCAGCUGGAGGCGUCGCUGGACAGGAAGCUGCAGGCGGUGAGCAACACCAUGGAGUCCAUCCAGGGCCUCUCGUCGUGGUGCCUGGAGAACAAGCGGCACCACAGCACCAUCGUCCGCCACUGGAUCAAGUGGAUGCGCAGAUCUGCCUUUCCUCAUCGGCUGAACCUUUUUUACUUGGCCAACGAUGUCAUCCAAAACUGCAAAAGGAAAAACGCGAUUGUGUUUCGCGACACGUUCGCCGAGGUGCUCCCCGAAGCAGCAGCUCUAGUGAAAGAUCCAUCAGUUUCCAAAUCUAUAGAAAGGAUCUUUAAGAUUUGGGAAGACAGAAAUGUGUAUCCAGAGGAAACGAUCACACUACUAAAAGAAGCAUUGAGUUCCACUUUCAAAACUCAGAAGCAGCAGAAAGAAACUCAGAGCAAACCACCAACUAAAUCCUGGAAGAAAUCUCAAACCUCCACAAACCCGAAAGCUGUGCUAAAGUCCAAGAUCGUUGCAGAAUUCCGACCGCAGUCCCUGGUCGACGGGCUUCUGCUCCACAAGCGGUCCGAGGACCAGAUCGAGCUGAAGGAGAAGCAGCUCUCCACCAUGAGGGUGGACGUGUGCAGCACGGAGACGCUGAAGUGUUUGAAAGACAAAACCGGAGGGAAGAAAUUCUCCAAGGAGUUUGAGGAGGCAAGCGCCAAACUCGAGGAAUUCGUCAACAGCUUGGACAAGCAAGUGAAAAGCGGCCCUUCCUUGACGGAAAUUCUUGAGAACGCAGGGAUAUUCUACGAAGCGCAAUACAAGGAAGUCAAGGUGGUGGCAAACGCUUAUAAAACAUUUGCCAACAGAGUGAACAACCUCAAGAAAAAACUGGACCAGCUGAAGGCGACACUUCCCGAUCCCGAAGAGUCGCCCGUCCCGUCUCCCAGCAUGGACGCCCCAUCUCCAACCGGUUCGGAGUCGCCCUUCCCAGGAAUGGGGGAAGAGGACCACUCCCCAUCGCCUGAGAAGGAACGGAAGAAGUCGCCUUCUCCAGAGCCUGCAACAGACAAUCGUGACGUGGAGGAUAUGGAGUUGUCUGACGUCGAAGAUGAUGCACCGAAAAUUAUCGUGGAAGAGAGGAAGGAGAAACCGGCUGCUUCCACCCCACCCACCCCAGGGCCCACAAAGGUAGCAGAAAGCGUCACAAAAGCCUCUCCAACAGUGGUGGCAGCAACGGCGGCGGUGGCAGCAACAGCGGUGGGGCCAGCGACCCUUCCUCCAACCCCCAUCACUCCUCCAACACCGAAACCCGCAACCCCAGCACCCCUUCCUCAGUCGCCAGCGCUGGCUUUGCCGAACCUUGCCAACGUGGACCUGGCAAAGAUCAGCUCCAUCCUUAGCAGCUUGACUUCAGUUAUGAAGAACACAGGGGUGAGUCCUGCCUCGAGACCUUCCCCGAGCAUCCCCACGAGCCCAACAGCUCUGACGAGUGGCUUGAAGACGCCGGUGGCCAGCACCCCAUCUGCCCCUUCGAACCCGCUGGCAAACAUCCUCUCCAAAGUGGAGAUCACCCCUGAGAGCAUCCUGUCGGUCCUCUCCAAGACCCAGACUCAGACCGCACCGACUCUGCAAGGCUUGUCUUCAUUUCUUCAAAGUGUCGCUGGAAAUACAGCCCAGCCUAGUGAGAUGGCCUCUCAGAGCACCUCUGCAUCGCCAGCUAACACAGCGUCCUCUUCCAUGAAGGGGAGAAAUGUCUCCUCCAACACUCAGCCAGUCAUGCCCCAGAGUUUUGGUUAUUCUCCAAAUUCUUCUUCUGCUGAGGUUUCUUCAACAUCUGUCAAUAAGGUCCCCACUGGACAUAGCACAGGGCUCCCCAGUUCCAGUUUCAAGCCGCCCAGCAACUCCUUAGGAUUCAGCAGCUCCCAUGCCAGCCCCUCCCUUCGGCCAGCGGAGAACCCCAUGAGCCAGUCUUCCGAAAUUUCGGAGGCCAAACUAGAGUCCGAGCCCACUUCUCCCAGUCUGGAAAUGAAGAUACACAACUUCUUAAAGGGGAACCCGGGAUUCAGCGGCUUAAAUCUGAAUAUUCCAAUUCUGAGCAGCUUGGGGUCCAGCGCACCGCCCGAGACGCAUUCUUCUUCACCUGAUUUUAACCGUGGGCCCACAAGCACAUCUAUGGACAGCAUAGAUGGCACUCCUGUUCGUGAUGAACGGAGUGGGACGCCGACUCAAGAUGAGAUGAUGGACAAACCCUCGUCCAGCAAUGUGGACACCAUGUCGCUGCUCUCCAAGAUAAUCAGUCCCGGCUCUUCAACUCCCAGUAGUACAAGGUCGCCGCUUCAGAGCCGGGAUGACAGCUAUCCCCAAGAACUGCCUAAUUCUGUGUACAGGUCUUUCAGUCUAAGCAUCGACUCUCCUGCUGCUAUGUACAAACAGUCCUCCGAUGGUAUGGAGUUACCUUCCUCCUUAAUGGAAUCUCCACAGGAGAAGUUCUAUCCAGACACCUCCUUUCAGGAGGACGAAGAUUACCGAGACUUUGACUAUUCCGGCCCUCCACCAUCUGCUCUGGUGAACUUGGAGAAGCAACCAGCAAAAUCUAUCCUGAAGCCGGGGAAACUUUCCGACCCUGCAGAGUACCAACCGGUUCUGUCAAGUUACAGCCAAAGAACCUCAGGGUUUGGCAUGAAAUCCACUUUCCCCCAAUCCAUGAGGUCGCUCCAUGACCAGAGCGAAAGCUGUGAUCCGCUGUCCUCUCCCGGAAUGUAUGGAAGCUAUAGCUUACGGGGGAACGACUCUGGUUCAGAUGCAUCUCCUACGCCGAGCAAGAACGACGUUUUCUUCGCAGCGGAUUCCAAUCACAACAGCUUGUCCAAAUCCAUGCCGCACUCCGGCCUUUCACAGAAACAGUACCCGGAUUCUCCUCAUCUGGUUCCGCACAGGUCGCUGUUCACUCCCCAGAACACGCUUGUGUCCCCAACUGGUAGACCCCCAAUGCCCAACAUGGAGAAACCCAUUGUGUCUUCCAUCUCAGCCACUUCGACCAUCGAGUUUAAGAACAUGCUCAAGAACGCGUCUCGCAAGCCCUCGGAGGAGAACAAGCAUUUCAGCCAGGUCCCCAAAGGGGGUUCUAGUGAUGACGCCAACCUUGGCCAGGCUGGAGUUUCCGCGGGAGGAGAGCCGCAAAAUCAGCAAGAAGAGCAUUACCAUAUCGAGACCCGGGUGUCGUCCUCUUGUUUAGACUUGCCUGACAGCACUGAGGAGAAAGGAGCCCCCAUAGAAACCUUGGGUUACCACAACGCGUCCAAUAGGGGAAUGUCCGGUGAACCCAUUCAGACGGUCGAGUCGAUAAGGGUCCUUGGGAAAGGGAGCCGAGGGCAGGGAAGAGAGACCAGAGCAGGGUGGUUUGAGUUGAGCAACCCUGGCAGCACCUUUGAUAAUGGCCCUUCGAGUGCGACCGAGAUGCCCAUGAUGGGCACGGGUGGCAGCGGUGGGCCCGGCUUCCAGACCCAGUACAAAGACCGCGUCUCGCCAUUUCAGGAGAACACCAAUAACUUCAGAGCCACUAAUUUCAGCACUGCCUUUGAUCGCCACGUCCGACCGCCUCUCGGGCCAUCUCCAUUAGAGCACGGGACUUCCUUUCCAAGGGACCAGAUUGGGCCCCCUCCCACAGGGCCUCAGCCUCUUCGACCGAAGGAUCUCGGCACCCUCUUCCCCAGGGACCACUCGGUUCCCCCUCCUCGUAUGCCGUCAGUGGAUCAUGUUAACCCCUUCUCGAAAGAAACCUCAUCCCCGCUUUCCUUGCCCCAUGGCGUCCCUCCCCCCCCACCUCCUUCCUUAGAACGUAGCGGAGUUCCGUUUCCGACUCAGCCACCCCCUCCCCUCCCCGUGGAACACGGCAGUGUUCCGUUCUCAACCCCUCCGCCACCUCCCGGGGAUCUCGGCCUCCCGUUUCCUGCUCCUCCCCUCGCUGCGGAACACGGGGGCCCGUUUUCCAAGGAUCACAGUGCUGUCCACCAAGGAACGCUGAAAGAUCACUUUAACAUGCAGCCCGGAGCACCACGAGACCAAGUGGCCCAAGCUCAGCGCGACCAUGGCGGUCCGUCCCUUGGUCGGGCUCGAGAGAGCGUAGGCCUAGCCGCCCUGGCAAGAGAUCCCUUGGGGCCCACCCUUAACGUUGGAUCCUCUAUCCCACCUCACCGAGACAGCACAAACCGAGGUGGGCUGGGAGCUAGGAACCAGAGGCCAGACUUCCGCCCGCGGGAGUCCUUCUUAAACAGAGACCCCUUUAACAUUAAAAAGGCCUCGGCCCCCCUUCGCACGGGGGCCUCCUUUCUUUGCACCAAAACGCCCCUUCUUCCCUCCCAGGUACUGAAUGAAGGUGUUCCGGAACUUUCUAGAGAGCAGUAGAAGUAGCACUCUCACUUUUGUUUGUGUGCGUUUUCCUUUUCGUAAAAGGCCCCGGCAUCUUUUUUGGUUCUGAAUUAAGGUAUGUUCUGUACUGCAGCAUAAUUUUUCCCCCUGUUGGUUUUUUGAGGGGUUUUUUAAGCCGUUGGCCUGAAUCUUAAGCAAGGGGCGGGGUGGAGUUCACUUCUCUUCUCCCCCCCCCCCACCCCCCGUAACCUAAUCUUUAAGAUGGUUGUUGAAAUAAAAGCUUUCAGUAGCUAUCAAACAUUCAUAGAACACGGGACUUCUUUGGGUUUGUUUUCUUUUUUGCCAAUGUUCCAGAUUGGCUAAGGGUAAGUAGGAGUCCAUGCCAGAUCCUGCAGGAAUUGGUGGAGGAGGAUAAAAAGGUCCAAGAAGGCAAAUUGGCUUUUCUCUCUGGCAAUUUUAACCCUUUCUGUGCUUGCCCCUCUCUCUUGUCGCCAGUGACUCCGUCUCUUCCCUCCAGUGGCCUGUGCUUGUUCUCCUCCUUGGAUCUCUUGGCUGCCAGUCUCCAUCUUGGCUCGAAUCAGCUCAGGGGAAAGGAGGAUGCCAUUGUCUUUCUGUAUGCACUAAUCCUUGGGUUUGCAGUCCUUGAGGUAGUUCGGUUCCUCUUGAAUUUCUCAGCUAGGCGAGGAAGUGAAGCCUCUGCUAAGUUUCAUUUGGCUUCAGCCUCAACCUUUUGAUUUGGGGAUCGGCAACCCGGUGGGCUAAUCUAAGCUGGCCCAAGGGUGGGUGCCCGAGCCCUCCUCCCCUUAAACCUGCUGCCAUCCUUGUGCUCGUCACUGACCGAGGCUCAAGACCUUGGGAGGGACAAGUGUGGAGACAGCUAGUACCACACAGGCAAUCUAAUGUUUUUCUCCUCCCCUGCCAUUACUAGUCAUGAGUGUAGCUAGGCCCAAAGAGCUGCUUUUAAUUCACUGCGGGGAAGUAACAGGCCAGUUGUCAGGGGGAAACACAGUUUGGUGUCCAGAGCGUGUAGGUUUCUCUACACAGCAGCAUCUGCAGGCAUGUAUCGGCAUAGUCGAUCCCGUGUCAUUGCACCAGGCCACGGCUCCGUGCCUCUUGCUUUGGCCUGCUCAGAGACGAGUUUUUCUUGGACAUGCCCCAUUGAGAGCAAAGUUGAGAGGCAACAUUACCACACUUCUCCCCCAGCUCACUUGCUUUCUGCACAGCUGUGCACGUAUGCAGGGUGUUUUGGCAAGGAAAUUAGAAUUCAGUUAAUAAGAGUUGAGGUCAGAGGCACUGGCCAUUUUGUGCCCUUGGAAAAGCAAUUUGCUGUACACUGUGUGUGCACACCUUUUUUUUAAGUAUGUGGGAUGUACAAUUUAUAUAUUGGUAGAUUCCAAAGGUUCUGGAUUGAUGGUGGGUUUUUUUAACGUGGCAUUUCCCUAGGCUUGCCGAAGAUGCAGUAGUACAGUGUAAACCCCCGCAAAUGUAGAACGACAGCUUCCCCUUGGCACAUCUAAUCUAUGCAGUCUCCACUUCCCCGUUAACAGCUCCGUUCCAGCCUCUCGGAAUAUUGAUUGAAACAAAUGAGAAAUCGGAGCCAAAUUUUGCAGGUUUGGUACACAAAGGUUUGGGUUUCCUGAAGCAGCAAGGACGAUGGCAAUCUCCCUCCUUGGUGUAGAAAGCAGAAAGGUUAACGCAGCAGGAAGCUAGCAUAACUGACAGGGCCUCUCUCACAAGGCUUUGGGAGAGUGCUGGGACACUAACUCCCCUCCCCAAACUAAAAUUCCCCAAGGUCCUUGCAGGAACGGAAGGGGGUGGGGUGCAUGGCAGGACCCACCUGACAAACCAGUUUAACUUGUGUACUGUGUGUACCUAGCUUUUCCCAGCCUGUAAAAAUGUCAAAUUAUACUUGUAGAGAACAAAAGUGUUUCCUCACGCAGCACCAGGUAACCAACAUGGGCUGGUUUGACACAGCCGUGUCUCUUUGUAAACUGCAUGCAUUUGGUAACAUUUGAUCACCUUUUGGGGAAUAUGUGUGGAGAUUCCUUUAUGACACUGUAUAGAAGUCGGCAAGGGGGCAAUCGGCAGGGAAGUGAUCCCACACAAGCCCAGUUGAAAAUGGCUCGUUUCAAUGGGGGUUCAAGCAAGAGAACUUACUGGCAGAUUGCCUGUCACCCCAACACCCUUGUCUUUUCCAAAUUUUAAGGCAGGCCUUGGGACAUAAAAGGCAAAUCUUAAAGGCAACACUUUCCUCCCCAUCCCCAUUUUUAUAGGAUGAAGAAUGUGAAACAUUUUUUUUUAUUAUUUCUGCAGCUCUCUCUCUCUCUUUCUCAGUGGCGAUUUCAGUAACUUUUGGGAAUCUGGAGGUAACGCCAAGACCGCAAAGACGGCGCCUCAAAUUGACCACCUAAUAGGAAAUAGCUUCUAGCCGUCAGAGCUGCCCUUUGGGCACUGUGCAGAAAAGGACUGAAAAAGAAACAUGGCAUGUAAAAAGGCAAAAUAUUUUAAUGGUAAAUUUCCAUGUCUUUUUCCCCCCAUUCCUCCCCAAUUUUUUUAAUACCUGAUUUUGUGCUUUUACUUUAAAAUGUUCCUAGUAACUAAUGGCAGAAAUGUAGACGUGUGUGUUGUGUGUUUUUUUUUUUUAAAGUUAGGUUGUUGGGCAGGAAAGAUUUUCCCGCCUAGGGUUUUAUCUUCCUUUCUCCUUUGCUGUUACUUUUGUAUUUCACCUGAUUAGGGGGCGGGGGGACGGGGACAAAAGAAAUAAACAGGUGUUUUUUUUUUAGGAAAACAGUAGUCUCUCUCAUGAAGGAUAGAAUUUCCUAAGAGAGAGAAGGGGAUCUCAGAUGCCGUUCUGACUCCUCUGGAAGCGCCGUGGUAGGGCUGAAAACGUUAACGCUGUUUGAUGAAGUUAACGUGCACGGAAGACUCGAGAGGGCCUCUUAGGAAAUGCUUCCCUCUGGGUCACUUUGCCACAUCUGCAUCCUCCAGAGCAAAUUCUCCUUAGCUAUGCCUCCGGGGCUUCUUAGGGCAGAGAUUAGCCAUGGGGGUGGGUGGGCUGGGCAUGCAGUUGUCCUUUUCCUGCUUGUGACAUACCCCACACGUUCAUUAAGCAGCCCCUUUGCCCACACGGUGGCAUUUUGGGUGGAGGAAAUGUGUCCCGAUAACGCGAGCCAAACCCCAGUGCUGCUGCUAGGGCGGGAAGGUGUGGCAGCGCUGGGAAGCCCACGGAGGUCACUCGGGCAGGCAGCAACCGGGAGCACCACCCUUCCGAAACAGCUGUAAAUAAUUGAUGUGCUUUUUUAAUUUCUGUGCCUGUUUUGAAAAGAAAGAGUUCGAUGUUUGUUGGCUUGAUAUUUUCAAGUGUUUCCCCCGCCCCUUGUGCAGGGGCAGGGCAGGGGCACGACAUGCUCGGGGGCGGGGCAAACCGGGGCGGGCUCAAGGCAGCCUUUGAAUUGUAUAUUAACACAUUUAAUAAAAAUAACUAGUUUGUUUUUGACAUUCUUCUUGUAAAUAAGCCCUCUUUUAAGUGUGCAAUAGGUAUAAGGUUGAGAACACACAGCAGAAGAGCCCAACCCGUCGGUUCCUGGAACUUGCGCUUGGGACCGCUUCGUCUUUGCCAGAGGGGACGAGACGGAGCCACCUGCAGUUACACGUUGGCCGGGGGUGGGGGGGGGAGGAGGGGAGACCGCCGAUGGAAUCCGGGUUGGAAGACCUGAAUACAUGCAUUUGCCAAGUCGAGACUGUUGCUGUUGUGUCCCGGGGGCAGGGAGGCAGCGUCGGACAGCGGCUACCACUCGCAGAGCAAAAUGCAAGCCGGUGUGCUGUGGAUUCUCCGUGCGCCCCCCCCCCCCCGUGUCCUGGAGCCUGCCCUCCCUUGGCUUAUUUUUGUAUUGUAUCCUAAUAAAGUGUUCUCUACUUGG